AUGGCUACUGUUGGUAAGAGUUUGUUGAACCCGCAUGCAUCCGAAUAUAUACCUAUUUCCACUCCGCCACCGCCUCCUCCUCCUCCUCCUACCGUUGAUUCACCACCACGGGAGAAUGUGCGACCACCAUUGCUGGAACACCCGUGGUUGAAUAUUCCUCCUAGAUUGAUAAAUGAUUAUGUCGCUAGAACAAAAUUUUCUCCAUCCAUCAAGGGAAUCAGAGGUGGGGAGUGGUCGAGAACCGACGGCCCGAUGAAAUACGGUGUAAUUCCUAUAAGUAGGAGCCAUAAGAACGUGACUACUAUCGUGAUUAAGAAUAUUCCAUAUGACUACAACCGUGAAAUGUUGAUGCAAUUUCUGGACGAGCACUGCUUACUGGAGAAUCAAAAAGCUAGAGAUUCAAAUGGAGAAAAUAUUCAUAUCUUUGCUUAUGAUUUCUUGUAUUUGCCUAUGGAUUUCAAAAGCAAGAUGAACAAAGGUUAUGCAUUUGUGAAUUUCACAGAUGAGAGAACUGUGUGGAAUUUUUUUGAGGUUUUUGACAAACUAAAUGUGUUUCCGGGAUCUACUUGGGCGGUCAAGAUUGUCACUGCGAAGAUCCAGGGAAAAGAGGCUUUAGUGAACCAUUUCAAGAACACAAGAUUCGUAUGUGAAUCAGAAGAGUUUCUGCCAGUUCAGUUUAGUCCUCCGAGAGAUGGUUCUGGGGAAUCGGUACAAAUGAUUACUGUAGGUGAAUACAAAGUCACUCCAUCUUGUUCAGAUAUUCUCAAGAAACCCUAA